AUGGCAAAGCAAAAACAAGAGCAAACCAGAAAAGAGAGAAUCACACAGCGACGAAAGAGGAAGAGAGGCUGGGUUAACAAAACAUUUCAACUCUGGGAGCUAUGCGGGUUUGAAAUUACGGCCUGUCUCCAGAACCCUGAGAGCGGGCAGGUCACAUUUCUUCAGACGCCCGGUGGAGGAUCGUUGCCACGUAACAUCGAAGAUCUGAAGUCAACCGAUCCGCAAGCAGAAAUACUGUUGCCGAAGGAUGUUGAGCAUGUUGGGGGGAAAGGAAAUACUCGAGCAAAACCGAGGCCAGGAGCGAGAUCGAGGCGUAGCCAGCACGCGCAGGGCCAUAACCAGAACAGAGCCUCGGCCAAGGGGAGAGGAAAGAAAGUUUCCCUCCACAACACUUCGUUGCCGGAUCCACCAUCCUUUGGAACUCCCAGUCCGAGGGACAGAAGAUUCCCGUUCAACACUGAGCAGAACAAGUUGAAUCUCGUGGAAUCCGGGCUCCUGGAGGAGCUGAAUCUAAACAUAGUCCCAUAG